AUGCCUCUAUUCUUUGCACGGCUCGGGCCGGGCUUUAGAAUCCGGUCCUUGAAAAUGUCCAACAAGAUCACAGACGCCCGCCUGGAGUGGCUCGAGGAGACACGCCGGCGGAAAAGCCUGCUGCUCCAGAAGCUCGAGGAGGAGGAGCAGAAGAUGGUGACGGACAAGGACGGGGCGGCCUCUUCGGCGGACGACGCUGCUGCUGCUGCGGCGGCGGCGUCUGAGCAGGAGUCGGACGAACAGCUUAAGGAGGCGCUCAACACGUACCAGCUCAACAUUGACCGCUACAAGGAGGAGCUGGCGGCGAUUGAAAAGGAGUUUGAGUCCUGGUCGGAGAUGGGGUUCAGCUUGCCUGCGUCCAAGUGAGCGGGCGUGGAUGGCAGAUGAGGAAGAAAAAAACAAUGGUAAAAAGCGGCGUGCUUUUGGCUUUUUGGGUUGCCCAUGUACAUAAAUUGCUUGGUGGCUGCGUUCUCCUGCUGGUUGCGCUUGAUUGCGUAUAUUGCGGAUAGAUGUUGGUUUCAUAUGAGUGAGUUUGUCGGCAGGCUCACUUGCUCUGCGAGCAAUGGGCGGACGGCACCAGAAAUGGAAGCAACAUAUGACGAUAGACUCUCAUCUCGUGUCAAUUGAUAUCCGAAUGACCAAAUGGUCCUGGCCCC